AUGUUUGCCUAAAUUUUCUAUAAAGAUAUUUCUGCUUCUAAAGAUAGCAAUAAAUUUGCAUUUUACAUCACAAGUACAGCUGUUUUGAGUGCACUAUGGCAGAAAUUGUUAUUUUGAUCACUUUACUUAUCUUCGCUCAUAUGUAUGUGUCUAGAGGAAUAUCCUUAAUGCAAGGUCAAGAAGCCAACUUGAUUUUUCCAUAUCCAUGUGAUAGUACUAAAGUUACAUUACAACAAUCUAACAGACUCCCAUUUUAUAGAUCAACAGAUGGCUCAUCGCUGUCUUUGCCUGAUAGUCAGGCUCAGAGAUUUGAGGUAAAGAAUGUUAUUAACAAUGGAAGCUGCUCUCUGGAUCUUACGAUAAAGGAUCUCGUGAGAGAUGAUGAAGGGACAUACAUUUUGUUUGUAUACAAGGAUGGGGAAAUACUUAGUGAUCAUAUACAUAGAAUUUACCUGAAGGUAAACUAUCCUCCUGAUAAAGCAUUUUGUGUUGUGGGUGAAGAUUAUGAUAGAAGAUGGGUAGCAGUAGAUUGUACAGCCAAUGCUGGAAGUCUAACAGGAAAGGUAGAAUGCUUUCAAAAUGGUUUAUUGAUGCCUAAAUUAACAGACCCUGCUCUGACAGGCUCUUUAUUGAAACAGACUAUUAUCAUCAGAAAAUCACAGCCGGCAUUUUGUUGCUAUUUUGCUUUGAAUGUAAAUAAAUCAAGAUGUGAAUGUGAUGAUACUGUCUUGUUCCAAGAUGGAAACCAUAGGAAAGACCCAUGUCCUACCAUCACAACACAAAUGUCAACAGAGUCUAUGUACCAGAAAGCAGACAAUUUAAUGAUUACAACGUCUUUAAACUCUAAGGACUACCCAUUAUCAUCCACUAAUGCAAUGAAAAUAACCAGAAAUGAAGUAAACGCAAUAUUAAUAUAUUCUUUUGUUUGUAUGAUAUCUGUAUGCAUAUAUUCAAUAGUCAUCGUAAUUAUCAAAUAUACAUACUAUAAACUGGUGCAGAAUCACACAAAUAGUAAUGUUGCAUCAGAGUGCCCAUCUACAAUCAUGACAAUUGUGGAUAAUGAUAAUGAUGGAGAAUGUGCUAUGGAGAAAUUGAAUCCAAAUCGAGAAUUUGAAGAUGUCUAUGGUAAAUUGAAAACAGUUGAUGUAUAAAAAAUAAAUUACUGUCAGGAAAAUAUGACAAAUAUAAAAUCUACAUCUUCAGAUUAAUUUUAUGCAAAAUGAAAAUAAUAAGUUAUUCUAAUCAA